GAACUACUAUGGAACCUCGGCAGCCCUGUAGAUUUGGAAGGCUUAAAUCCAAGUUUGGAAAGGCCUUUUCCAUUCCAGAUGAUUUGCUGGCUUAAGCGCUUAAUUAGGAUGGCAUUUGAACAAGUUGGAUUGAAGAUGGAAUCAGUGCUUUGGUCAAGCAAGCCUUAUGGUUCAUCUCGAAGUAUUGUAAGAAAAAUUGGUAGUAACCUCUCUCUUAUACAGUGUCCAAGAGUUCAGUUUCAGCUUAUUUCUCAUGUCACGGAAGGAAACCGUCCUGCUCAACUUAGAGAAGAUGCAGUGGCCUCCUUUGCAGAUGUGGGCUGGGUUGCUGAAGAAGAAGGAGAAGUCUUUACAAGACUCAGAUCAGAAGUUUGGUCACAAACAGCCCAGCCUCCCUCAGGGGAACUACAUCAUUCCAGGAGGUCUCCAUAUAGACAAGUGUCCUUACAAAACCCACCGGAAGAAGAACCAGUGCCCAGGAGUGCAGUGAUGGCAAAUGAAGAAGCACUGCAGAAGAUCAGUGCUCUAGAAAAUGAACUGGCCACUUUAAGAGCACAAAUAGCCAAAAUUGUAACCUUGCAAGAACAGCAGAACUUGACAGCAGUUGGGUCAAGUCCACUUGCUCCAGCUGCUGUCCCUGUUGCACCUCCACCACCGCCACCUCCUCCUCUGCCACCACCCCCUCCCUCGGGUCUGCAGCAGAGCAAGUCUGCCAUUGAUCUCAUUAAAGAAAGGAAAAACAAAAAAACGAACUCUGGCCAGAGUGUGAUGGAAAACGGGCCAAAGAAGUCUGAAGUACCAAACAUGCUAGAAAUCCUCAAAGACAUGAACAGUGUGAAACUACGCUCGGUGAAAAGAUCCUCAGAAGGUACAAAACCUAAAGUGGCUGACCCUGCAGAUCCUGCAGCACUAAUAGCAGAAGCUCUCAAAAAGAAAUUUGCUCAUCGAUACCGAAAUGACAGCCAAAGUGAAAUAGAAAAAGUGAUUCCAAAGACUGAAACAAAGACACAGACUGAGGUAGUGCUGUUUGGGCCGCACAUGCUGAAGUCCACAGGAAAAAUGAAGACUUUAAUUGAAAAAUCCUAGUGAAUUCAGAUCACUACGUGAAAGACUGUUGAGCUCCUUUCUCCGAAAUAUUUUAUGUUGCAAAUAGCACUAGUACUGAGUGGUCUCUUUCUUACAGCACAGAAAGACUCAAUGUGAAGUAGAAGUGAGGCACUAAACGUGGUUGUAUGUGAUUUGUCAAGGGGAAUAAAUUGGACCAUUAUACUCAGGUAUUAAUUUUGCAGUCAAGCCUGGCUUUCCCCUCAGACUUACAUGGUGGAUUUAGUUUAUUAACACUAAGUUAUAUAUACAGCAUUCUUUAUGCAUAACUGACCAUCUUAAAAAUCUGUGUACAUGUUAAUGAUGAUGGUGAUACACCCUUAAGUUAAUAUCAGUUAUUUGAGCUCUACCUGUAACUUGCACUACAAUGUGUAAUUUGAUACUGAAA